GAGUUAAAAAUUAAAUAAAAAGUUUAUAACAAAAAAACUCUGGAUUAUAAAUACCUGAAAAUGGAUACUCUAUCACCGCAUAAAAACUCCAAACCCAGCAGUUCCAGUAGCUCUGGCUGCUCGGCCUCAUCCUCGACUACGGAUAUAAAAAAUUCCUAUAAAAGCCAGCGUUUGGAUAAUAAACCAGCUGGCAUGCGUUCCAGAUCUUUUCUGCAUUGUCUUAGCCGACAUUUGGGUCGUCAUUUUAUACAUCAUCAUCCUCAUCAUCAUACGGUGCAUCAAAAUGGUCAAACUAUUGUUUAUAAUAGUCAAGAGGAGUUGAGAUCCUCUUCGACCGAUUCUUUUUCCUUGAGUUAUGAACGUAAUUCUCGUUUGGAUGGUUCUAUGCAGCAAACUAAUUCCAAUGGCACGGGCACUUCCAGUUUUGAUAUUAGCAGUGAGGAACGUACCUCUAGGGCUUCUUCAACCUCAGCCUGUUCUCGAUUUUCACCCGAGCAGGAGGAAAUGGAAAAUUCCACAAAUAAGAAUUACACAAAUAAACAGCAUCAUAUUUAUAUCUCCACUACCAUCUAUAGACCUUCUAGUUCUUUGGAUUGUCAUGAUGAUUUGGAGGAGGAUUACAGUGAAUCGGAUAGCGGUAACUCCAGCAGUGAUGAAAAUGAGCAAAACAAUUUACAGCAAAAUCAAGAGAAUAUCUUCAAUCAAAAUGUGGUCAAUGGCAAAUCAAAAUCUUCACCAGCCUCGGUAGCCAAUACACCUUCCUCUAAUCUAACCACUUCUUCGGCCAAGGGUUUACAUUUGAGUCGCAUAUCUAUAACAUCUUCUGUGAGAAGCAUCUUCCAGCAUAUCUCCUCAGUAUCAGCCAGUUCAACACGUUCUUUAUCCUGCUCCAGUACCCCCUUAAAACGGGUAUGGGAUUCUAAGUGUAAAAAAUCCAAUUCUUCACCAGCCAGUAGUUCAUCGAAUAGCAAUAGUGCUGCCAAAUCAAAUAAAUCUUCCACACGUUCUUCAGCUUCAAAUUCCACAUCUUCCAAUUCUUCUGCCUCCUCCAAGAAAGCAGAAAAGAAACAGCAGAGUAUUUUAAGACCACCCAUUAAUUAUGUCUAUAUGAAGGGUAUGUCUGGUUUAUACUCAAGAGUGCCCCGUUAUUCUGUCUGCUGUCCCUAUGGCACCCAACAAUGGGCUUAAACUUUAAGCCGAAAAUCUAUACACUGACUAACAAAACCCAGUAGCACCAAUUAUUUUUAUAAGUCUUAAUAAUAAUAAUAAUAAUA